AGUACAUAAUACAUGCACAGAUAACCAUUAGCUUCUAACAGUCGGACGUGGUUUAAUAAUGACUGAAAUUCUUAAAGUCUAAAUGCUGUUUUGGCUGGCUAUUGGUUGUGGUUGUCAUGGGGAAGAGAAGAUUGGGUGAUGUUUAUGGGAUGGAGCGCUUACAUUUAAAGGCUGUUUCGAUGGGGACUUCGGAAAUCCGGAGAGCAUUCACCACAGUCAUGUCUACGGGUCGCAGUGAGGAUUUUACCAACAAGUGCAGAGAAGUUACAAGUGACGUUUGCAUGAUUUCAUCAGAACUUGUGAAUGACCGAUUAGAUCCUGCUUCUCCGUCUGCUUUACCCCAAGCAAUGGCUUCUGAUGCUUUUCAAGGCAAAGUAGUUUGCACGGGGUGUAGAGAUGACAUCCUAGACAGGUAUCUACUUAAGGUAAAUGACUUGUGCUGGCAUGUGCGAUGCCUUUCAUGCAGUUUAUGCCAAACCACUCUCAGCGGAAACACAACCUGCUAUGUUAGAGGGCGAGAGGUCUUCUGCAAACUAGAUUACUUCAGAAGGUAUCGGACAUGGUGCUCGUGCUGUGGGGAAACAGUUCAAUCUUCGGACUGGGUACACAGGGCGAAGGGAAACGUUUACCACCUGGCAUGCUUCUCGUGCUUCUCCUGUAAGAGGCAGCUGUCCACAGGCGAGGAGUUUGCAUUGGUUGGGCAAAAAUUGUUGUGUCGAAUUCAUUACGACAGCAUGCUGGACAAACUCAAAGGGUCCUCUGAAAAAGGUUGUGAAAUAAACCAAAAGCUGUCAAAAAGAGCACGUACCAGUUUCACUUCCGACCAGCUACGGGUUAUGCAGGCUCAGUUUGCUCAGGACAAUAACCCAGACGCACAGACACUUCAGAGGCUUGCUGAACAGACUGGGCUUAGUCGACGCGUCAUUCAGGUCUGGUUUCAAAACUGUCGUGCCCGUCAGAAGAAGAACAUCUCUCCCUCUCAUUCAGGAAUAACGGCAGGAGGUCUGUCGUCACUCCGGGUGGUUCCCAACCUAAAUGAACUGAUUUAUACAAACACAUCCACGCUUACAGCCUUACACAGCAUCUGCAUCGAUGAAAUCACCACACAAUACCAAUCCAAGACACAAUGUUCAAUUCACGAGGGAGCAGAUUUCCAAUGAACCUGCCAAAUUGGUUCUGAAAGCGCAUUGAAAGAUUCAUAUGAGAAUCAGACCGAUUCGACCAAACCGAUCGCAGCUGUUCUUGAGUCAACAACUAACUGAUUUAACGAUUGGGUCAAAGACUUGACACUUGACUUGGACCUCAAAGAGUUGAAACUUGACUUGGACUUAGAAGCUUGGACCUCAAAGACUUGAGAAUUGACUUGGACCUCAAAGACUUGUAAACAUGUCUGGGAAAAGGUGUGUCAAGAUGACAUAAAUUUGUUCCUAUGUUAAUGGCUCUGUUUCUCUUUUAUCUUCAGUUCACACACCAACAUCUCUACUCUAUCAGCCAUUACUGUCCCAACAACUACUGACCAGCAGCAGCUAAACAUUUAACAAUUCAGUAGUAAAUGUUGUGCCAAUUAAUAUAACAAUAUUUAUGCAACUAAUACAUUUCUAUUACAUGUAUUCAUUAGUUUGUUUUAAUUUAUUAAUGUGUAUUUUGUUCCCAUCACAUACGGUUUAAGUAAAAAUAACUUGUGUCUAUAUGAAAUACUUUAUUUCCAAAUUGAUCCUUGCAUGCAUUUGGAUUACAUCAUACAUUGUUAUUAUGCAUUGUAAAUUAGCAUAAUAUAAAGUCACAAAAAUAAUAAAAAUGUUUACCACACUGUAAAACAAGAGAAUUAAAUAAAGUGAAAUACUAAUAAGAUAAGGGUUAAACUAAAGAAUAAUGCAAUUUAAAUUAAUUAUGAGAGCUGAUUUUAAUUUCAGCACAAGCACUCAUUGUUGUAGUGUUCACAUUCAAGUGUUCUUAACAUAAAAAUGGUACGGAAUACAUAUUAGAAGAAACAUCCCUUUCAAAUGAUGAGCAUUGUAUAAAAAAAGGAGGUAAAACUUCAAAUGGUUUGUAAUCGCAUAACUUCAUCAAAAUAUGAGCAAUUAGUCCACCUUACUAUAACAACCAAUAUUCUGUACGCAUUCAUAUAAAGGUGUUAUGAACAUAAAUUCAAGUCCUUGGCUAAAAUGAAGUGUGAAUGGACACAAUGAAAUCUCUGAAGGAGCGAGGGGUGUAACCUCCUGCUGCUAGAGAGCAAUGGAUCUGACGAGAAAUGCAGUUGGAUGGAUGAAUAAGAGCAGUAAUGAAGGAAUAAAUAAUUUAAAGCUCUGCACAGCAGAAAAGGGCUCAAAUCAACAUGUGGUUGAGGUUAAAAGAGAUGUUAACGGCAUGUUGGAGUAAGGCACUUCAGCUGAACUGCAAACAGUAACUUAAAAAAGUUCAUUUAGUGAG